GUUUGAUGUAGCCCCGUUCUCAGAUCUUUGCCAGGCAUGGAGGCAAUGUAGAGCCUUCUCUUUGCCGCGUUUUUAUAGAGGCUUAAAAAAAUAUUCUAUUCUUCCCCGCCGCUGAGAAAACACCACAACCUAUUCCUUAUAGUGUGCCAUAGAGUCGAAAGGGUCUCCGGCCAGAAGGCCUGAGAAGCGGCGGCUGUCGCAUCUUAUGAUCGCCACAUCCGGUACCCGGUUACUAUGGUAACAGCUACAGGCACAACUUCGUGCCCUCUGACCUCUCUCCAAAAGUCCUUAUACCAUCUAAGUUCUUCUCCUCGCCGCGCUUAUACGUAGAUCUGUAAAGCUCCUCCUCAUCAUUCUCACAAGGAAUUUGGGUCUCAGCAGAGAGGCGCCCAGGAUUCUUCAGAUCGCCACCUGCCCCUCAGGACCUCUGCCCUGGCCCCUACUUGUAGCCCAGCAACCUGGCUUCAUUUCUGGGACGCGCUGUCUCUGGACUCCACUAAGGUCAAGCCUCGGGGUUGGUAAAGUAGCUUCUGCGUGUCCACGCCCCCUUAUCCCCUAGGCGGUAGGACCCGCCCUCCGCUCCGCCUCCCCCGCCAGGUGGGUGGUAGCUUCUCGCCGGCGCGCAAGGUAGUGAUGACACGCGUCCCCCCUUCUCCGAAAGCGAGGUGGUAGCGUCCGUGACGAAGUUAGCCCGAUCCUCCCACGCGCACCUCUUUCCUUGCAGCCGCUGCGCCCUCUCAGUGCGACUGUCUCUCAUGUGCGGGUAGCCCACUCGGCAUCAUCCUCUCGCCUGGCUCCCGGAGAGAAGUGACAGUAUUUCCCCUGUCCGCCUUUCAUCAGGCCGCCGCGGUGAGUCGCUCGGCCCGCCCGCUGACGUCACCUGCUAGCCCCGCCCCCUCUAGGGUCCCGGGCCCUUGCGGCGGGGACUGCCGGGGGGAGUCAGUUGAGGCGAAGGGAGCUCGGCGCAGGGCGGGCCAGGUGUCUGGUCCGGGCCAUGCCGAGGAAGAAGCCCUUCAGCGUGAAGCAGAAGAAGAAGCAGUUGCAGGACAAACGGGAGCGGAAGCGAGGGCUUCAAGAUGGGCUGCGCUCCAGUUCCAACAGCCGCAGCGGGAGCCGGGAGCGGCGAGAGGAGCAGACCGAUACCUCGGACGGGGAGUCUGUGACCCAUCAUAUUCGCAGGCUCAACCAGCAGCCUUCCCAGGGGCUGGGCCCGCGAGGUUACGACCCAAAUCGAUACCGGCUGCAUUUUGAGCGGGACAGCAGGGAGGAGGUGGAGAGGAGAAAGAGAGCAGCCCGGGAACAAGUGCUACAGCCUGUCAGUGCUGAGGUGCUGGAGCUGGACAUCAGGGAGGUCUAUCAGCCUGGCUCGGUCCUGGAUUUUCCCCGACGUCCUCCUUGGAGUUAUGAGAUGUCCAAGGAGCAACUCAUGAGUCAAGAGGAACAGAGCUUCCAGGAGUAUCUUGGGAAGAUUCAUGGGGCUUACACCUCUGAGAAACUCAGCUACUUUGAGCACAAUCUGGAGACGUGGAGGCAGCUGUGGCGAGUGUUAGAGAUGUCUGACAUUGUCCUGCUCAUCACUGAUAUCCGACAUCCAGUUGUGAAUUUCCCGCCAGCACUUUAUGAGUAUGUGACUGGAGAACUUGGGCUGGCCCUGGUGUUGGUCCUGAACAAGGUGGACCUGGCCUCGCCAGCUCUUGUGGUUGCCUGGAAGCACUAUUUCCACCAACACUACCCCCAGCUCCACAUCAUCCUUUUUACCUCUUUCCCUCGGGAUAUCCGCUCCCCACAGGACCCUGGUAGCGUCUUGAAGAAGAGUCGGAAGCGAGGGAGAGGGUGGACUCGGGCCCUGGGACCAGAGCAGCUGCUGAGAGCCUGUGAAGCCAUCACUGCGGGGAAAGUGGACUUGAGCAGCUGGCGGGAGAAGAUUGCUCGGGACGUGGCCGGUGCCACCUGGGGUAAUGGCUCUGGGGAGGAGGAGGAAGAGGACGAUGCGCCGGCAGUCCUGGUGGAGCAGCAGACUGAUUCAGCAAUGGAGCCGAUCGGCCCAACCCGGGAGCGCUACAAGGAUGGGGUGGUGACCAUUGGCUGUGUGGGUUUCCCCAAUGUGGGAAAGUCCUCGCUGAUCAAUGGGCUGGUAGGGCGGAAGGUCGUGAGUGUCUCCAGAACACCGGGCCAUACCCGAUACUUUCAGACCUACUUCCUCACCCCCUCUGUGAAGCUCUGUGACUGUCCGGGCCUUGUCUUCCCCUCUCUCCUGCCCAGGCAAUUGCAGGUUCUCGCGGGGAUCUACCCCAUUGCCCAAAUCCAGGAGCCAUAUACAGCUGUGGGCUAUCUGGCCUCCCGAAUCCCCGUGCAGGCCCUGCUCCGCCUGCGCCACCCAGAGGCUGAGGACCCCUCAGCAGAACACCCCUGGUGUGCCUGGGACAUCUGUGAAGCCUGGGCAGAGAAACGUGGUUACAAGACAGCCAGGGCGGCUCGAAAUGAUGUGUACAGGGCAGCCAACAGCCUCCUGUGGCUGGCGGUGGAUGGCCGCCUCAGCCUGUGUUUUCAUCCCCCGGGCUACAGUGAACAGAAAGGGACCUGGGAGUCCCAUCCAGAGACCAUGGAGCUGGUGGUUUUACAGGGCAGAGUGGGGCCGGCAGGUGAUGAGGAGGAGGAGGAGGAGGAAGAGGAAGAGCUGAGCAGCUCCUGUGAGGAGGAGGGAGAGGAAGACCGGGAUGCAGAUGAGGAGGGGGAAGGGGAUGAGGACACCCCAACCUCAGCUCCAGGGUCCAGCCUGGCCACCCGAAACCCUUAUGCCCUUCUGGGUGAGGAUGAAUGCUGAGUUCCCAACCCUGCGCCAUCUUCCGCACCCAGCAUCUUUGCUUUUGGACUGACCUGGGGGUAUCUCCCCUCUGCCGCCCCAAUUGUGAAUAAAGAUUGUCUGCUUUGUAUCCCCUUCCCCAGAUGGACUGAGGUGACAACGGCUGGUUCAGGGUCACAACUGUGGGAAACUUCUCUCCUUCCUUGUUUUUUGUGCAUUCUCUUUGCUAAAGAAAAGUUCUCUUAGGAGUUCUAAGGCCCUGAAAGCCACUUCCUCUGCCCACUCUCCCACUCUGCCCCUUCAAACCCAUCAAAAACCUGUUGCUGUCGAGUUGCUUCUGACUCAUAGCGACGCUACUGGACAGAGUAGAACUGCCCCAUAGGGUUUCCAAGGAGUGGCUGGUAGAUUCAAACUGCCAGUCUUUUGGUUAGCAGCCAACAGCUUAACCAUUGCUCUACUCUGCACUUACAGUUCUUGUUAUCAAGGGGGCGGGGCGGUAGAGGUCAGGUCAGGCUCUGAGAGCUUGGUCUAAAUCCAAACUCCUUUUGAAGUGUGUGCCAUUCCCUCUCUGACUUGAGUAGCCACCCUGUGCACCCCCUGCUGCCAGACCUGGGAUUGUACCUUCUGGGAGAAGAAGCAGUGAGAGAAGGUGUCACAAACUGAUGUCUCCAAGUUUUCUGAGAUUUUUACAGGAUUUACUCAAGUUCUACAAAUAUUUAUUGAGGAGCUGCUGUGUGUCUGGACCUCUGCUAAGCACUGAGCAUAUAAAGAUGCACAAACAGGACCUGACCUAAAUUUGCCAGCCUGGCCAUGAUCAAGACUCCACCCUCAGGCACCCAAGUAUUUGGAUUAAGAAAGGUGUAUUAUGUUCUCCAAAUCCUGGGGCCUCAUGGAGUAUAAUUCCAGAACUUCCUGUCAAUAGAAAUUUCUAGUUGACAAAAUGAUUGUGAAAACAUUGAUUAAAUGUAUAGGAGUAGAGCCUUAAUUACUGGCAGACAACUGGUGUGUACAUUUAUGAUUUGAGCAGAACAGCCCUUUAAGUACAGUGUUAAGUUUCAUUCCUUAAAAUCCCAGCAGCUAAGGUGUACAAGAUACAUAGGGGAGGGCACAGACCCAGCCUCCUGAAUCCCACUUAACCUGGUUUAGGGAUGAAGCGAAGACAGCCCAAUGCCUUUGGGCUAGGAGUUAGCAGGUGGUCAGAGUCGGCUUAUAGUGUCAACUCUGGGUUUCAGCAGAUAUGAACUCUCUUGUGAGUCAGGGCACCUUUGGCCUUUCUGGACUCUCACAUGUUGAGUGAGCAGCAGCUGGACUUCCUAGAUUUAAUUCUUGGGGAAACGGAAGAAUAGACUUUGUUUAAUUGGCUGUCAGAGUAUUGUUUGGGUUAGAUGGUAGCACAAAGCAUAGUUUGACAGGUUGACCAUUAGGAGUAGGAACGAGGAGAGGAGGGAGUUUGAAAUCGUUUCUCUUCGCUCAGGAGCAUCCUAUUCAGGUUAUGGAUCAUUGAGCAAUUUCUCUAAUGCCAGCAGAGAUCCAACAGCCAAGGAGCAAAGGAAACUGAAGUAUAUUUAGAAAAGGCUGAGGUAUCUGGGCUACACAUUCCCUCAAACUCAUCCCUUUCACCGGUCCUAGUGAGGACAUAACUCCUGGAAGUUGUACGGAAGCACAAAGAGUAAACACUAGCAUGUCAGUGCGCUUGAAGGUUGAGCAGAACGUACUGGAAAAAGUCUGUUGAGAGAAAAAAAUCCGUCUGUCUCUCAUCUUGGACACUUGAGCCUGAGGGAUGGGUCUUCUGCUGGUGAAAGAGAGGAGGUCCCAGCUCAGCUUUCUCUGGGUCACUGAGUACCCACUCGGGUGCUCAGUGACUCCUCUGCUGCUGGAGGUGGGGUGGGGACAUUGGAUUCCUCUCCUCAGAAGGGGAAAAACCAGGAUUCUAUUUGUGCCCCUCUUCUUUGUGCUGCUGCUUUUCACAUGUCUAUUGCCAUCUCAUGAGUUUCUCCAGGGGCAUUUGGGAAACUCUGAGGAUGGGGAUGAAUUGUUGAGACCUGAGCUGGAGGGGCAUCUGAGGAAGGGGGAGUUUAGUGCUGAAGAUCUGGAAGGAGGCAACUCUAACAUUCCUAAGGGGCUGGACUGUAAAUGACUCCUCCCAGGCCUCUGUCAGUGACUUGCUCACUCCGUAGGAAGGUACCAUUGGGAAAAGAACUAAAGAACAAACAGAUGAGGGAGGAAAUAAGUGGCACUUCAAUCCCAGUGUCUGAGGCUGACAUUGAAACAGACUAAGAAACAAAGAACCAGGGGGUCUACUAUCCCCUCCAUGCUGAAACACCUAGGACCCUUGUCCUCCCCUGGCUCAUGCCAACCAUGUGGAUACUUGACCAUGGAGGUCUGGGGCUUUGACUGUUCCCACAGCUGCUGGCCAGUCUUCUUUUGUCCAUGCUGGAACUUCAUUUAAAUAUCGAUCAACUUUCUUCCAAGCUUCCCUUUUUCCAGACUGCAUUCUGGGUUCUAGUCCUGGUUCUAGAACAAGGUAGUUGUGGGUGGUCCAGAGUAGAUCACUUAUCUGGGCCUCCAUUUUCAUUUCUUAUAAUAAGUGACACAAUCAUAUGGUUGAAAAUGUGUCAGCCAUGCUGAGUUCAGAGACAAGAAAUUGAAUAAGGCAUAGACCAUACCUUAUGGAGUUCAUGGUUUAGUAGAACAAACACCAAUAAUAAUACAAUAUUUCUACAGCAUUAUGUAAAUUAUAAAUGUUUUACAUAUUUUCAUUAAACUAUCAUAACUAA